AAGAACAUCUCCAAAAGGUUGUCAUUUGGAGUUUGAGCUCUCUUUGUGAUAUACAACAGCCUGCAUUCCCCUUUGACAAGUCUCUCAUUUUCAAAUUCAUUUCCGUAAGAAACAGAAACGAUGAGCCUGAACUGCCUCGCUUGCCACAUCCUCCAAAGAACAGACUCCGACAGAGACAUGGAGAGCCGUAAAGAUUCAAACUUAAGUGCAAAUUUCGCAGCUUCAGGGUUUGAAAAGAUGGUAAGGAACAGAUCAUCGUUGCCUGUGCCGAGACCGGUCAAUAGGGGUCAUCGCAGGCUUUACAGUGCGGAGAUCAUGGUCUAUGGGGAUCUCGACGAGCCCAAGCUGAUCAGAAGCAGUGGGAUCAGAAGGGACUGGAGCUUUGAGGAUCUAAAGAAACAAAAAGAUCAGCUAAGAAUCGAAGAGACGAUAAAGGAAUAAGACAGACCAUUCGCUAGGUUUCUUCUAUUGUACAUGUUGUUGUUAACUUGUUCUGUUGUAUUCAGAUCAUAAGGGCAGCCUGUGCAUUGUAAGAUAUCGAUGAGUUUACGGAUUUUCUUGAUCCCACAUAUGAGA